AUGCAUUUUAUUGAAUCGUCUUCAUUUCAAAAUAAUUAUGAAGAUUUUAAUAAAGGAUUUAUGAAUAAGCUAUUAUAUAAUCAACAAAACGUUAAUUGGUGUGAUUUUGAUAUUAUGAAAAAUGAACAAUUAUCAUUUUGGGAAUGUGAAUUUUUAAAUGAAAGUUUAGCAGCACGAUACAAAUUAUGCAGCAUCCCAUUGGAAGCUAAAAAUAUUCCAUUGGGUCAGAAAAGAAAAAGAGGCCGUGUUGCUAAAGCUAAAAAAGCAUUAAUUGUGCAAUAG